UUAGCUCAUUUACUUGGUGGACCCAGUGCGAUCUCCAGUAACAAACGCUGUUCUUCUGCUUUCCUAUAUAAUCCACAAAGAAGCUAACAAUCGUCCAAGAUGUCAUACUUUUGGUCUCUCGCAUUCCUGGCCGCCGUUCCUCUCGUCAGGGCCUUUCCAUCGGGCGCCCCGGCCGGUGCUUGCGUGAACUUGACACCGGGCCAUUGGAAUGAGAACCAAAUGGUCAUCUCGCCUCAGGCUGGGCAAAGUCCCUAUGUCCUCAGCGUCAGCGAGAACAUGUACACUCCAUCUGAAGAGCUCACAGUGUCCGUCACCGGCGGAUCAUUCAAAGGUAUUCUCCUGCAGGCUCGGUUGGCGGACGACACCCUGGUCGGCACGUUCAGCGACCCACCGCCUAACACCAAACUUAUCCAAUGCACCGGCCCUGGAGACAGCGUUACCCAUACAAGCUCCGCCCCCAAAGAGGCUGGAACAUCCUUUACCUGGACCGCUCCUGGUAGUAAUGUCGGGAACGUUAUUUUUACGUGA